CUUGCUUUGCUAUAAAAGACUACUAACUUAUGCAUAAGACAUCAUCACAUCAUCUUAAUCUCCCCUCCUCUCCCUGUUUCCUCCAAAACUGCCCUCAGAUUAACCAGAGAGAGAGAGAGAGAGAGAGAGAGGAGAUCAUCUUCUAUGGUGAUCAUGAACAUGAUCUUCUGGAUUCUGCUGAUCUUGGGCUUCUCCUCCUCUCUUGUGAGCUCCCAGUCAUCAGAUUCAUGCUCCUCCAGCCUCAGUGUCAGCCACCUCAUCCCCUUCAACACCUCCUCAUUCAACUGCUUCUCUGCAUGGAGCUCAGAAGGAUUCAUCAUGAGGUAUGGGAAGACGGCAGCGACCGACACGUGGAGCUUCGUCCUGUCAGCCCCAGACAGCAGGACCUACGUCUCCGUCGGCUUCUCAGCGGACGGCUUCAUGGUGGGGAGCAGCGCGGUGGCCGGCUGGGUGAGCAGCAGCGGCGUCGGGAUCGUCAGGCAGUACUACCUCGGGGGGACGAGCUCCAGCAGCUGCCCGCCGGGCCAAGGAACUCUGCACCUGACUCCCAACUCGUCGCUGAUCGUGUUGCAGUCUUCGCGGCUGUACCUCGCGUUCCAGCUGACGGGCUCGGCGCAGCCCCAGCCCUACCUGAUCUACGCGGUCGGGCCGUCGAACAGCCCGCCGUCGUCGUCGGAUUACUAUCUCCCCCGGCAUCGGAAUCAGGCUUCUGCUUCUGUCAACUUCGCGACCGGAGUGAUUUCUACUGCGGGAGGGGCCACACCGGGAAACAAAAGGUGGCAUGGGAUUUUAGCCACAUUUGGGUGGGGAAUUUUGAUGCCUGCAGGGGUUACGAUGGCACGAUAUUUCAAGCACCACGAUCCCUUGUGGUUCUACUCCCACAUCUCCGUCCAGGGGGUCGGGUUCGUGCUCGGCGCAGCCGGGGUGCUCCUCGGGUUCGGCCUCGGGGACGAGGGCGCCGCUGGGAACGCCGACACCCACAGGGGCCUCGGCGUCGCCAUCUUCGUCUUCGGCAUCCUCCAGGUACUGUCGUACGUAGCGUCUCUGUUUAAACUAUUUCUGAAUUAUUUCCAAUCAAAUCGAUCUAUUAGAGUCCCUCGUCUCUAAAAGGUUUGAGUUUGAGACUUAAUUUAACAAAAAAUCAGUGCUUCUUCGAACAGUGUACCAGUGCAGAAAAAAAUUAUUGCAUGUGCUUGGUUCACCAUGCGAGUCGUGGACUGUAUAUGUAUGGUGAUCUUCUCUGUUUUACAUUUCUAACUUCAAUCUCCAGCAUGCGGAUGCAAGAGGCAGAACCCGGGGCAGAUAGCAUUUUUUGGGUGGGUUGGGGAAGAUUGAUU